AUGGAUCUCGACCUUGCUCUCUAUGGAGAUGAACCACCCAUGCCCACGGAAUCAAGCACUCAAGAAGGCAAGGCUAUGUAUGAGCAGUGGGAGCGAUCUAAUCGCCUAAGUUUGAUGCUCAUCAAAUCCAGUGUGAGCAAGAGCAUUCGGGGUUUAAUCCCAGAAUGUGAUAAGGUGACAGAUUUCAUGAAAGCCAUUGAAGAACAAUUUGUGAAAUCUGAUAAGGCACUUGCUGGUACCCUGAUGCAGAAACUUUCAGGCAUGAAGCACGACAAUUCCAAGAGUGUGCGUGAGCACAUUAUGGAAAUGAGGGACAUUACAGCUCAACUUAAGUCCUUAGAGAUAGAGAUUUCUAAGUCAUUCUUGGUCAAUUUCAUUCUCAAUUCUCUCACUCUUGAGUAUGGACCAUUCAAGAUUUCUUAA